AGGACUGUGGGAUAAAAAAAAAAAAAACAAGGGUGCGGUGAAACAAAAGGCAAACGGACUUGCAGUUUAUGCUAUUAUUUUAAAUAUGGUAGGUAGCUGAACAAAUCAAAUAAAUGGAAAUCCGUACAGAUGAGAUUAGGUAAGGUCAGACAAAUUCGAUGAAGAUGAAAUGAUGAAAUGAAUGCGAGCUGAUAACAUUUCGUUGAAAAAUCCCCCGUGCAUCUGUGAUGCAAAAGUCUGUAUAUUGACUGAGAAAUAAGACUCAUCCGGACAUCACGAGCAGCACCGCUGUGUAAAAAGAAAGACAAAAGAAAGUCGAAGGCAAGGGUCCCCUCCUCCGCGUGCUCCCUCCUUGUAGGUGUGACAGAAACAACAAAGGGACGUGGAAAAACUCGCAUCAGGACCACAGGCGGACAACAGCCCAUGCAGGAGGCAGAUCCCAAGCACAAUAGCGGGGCCUGCAAACAAGAGCAUGUCUGCAGGUUUUGCAAUAUGCAGCAGUCUUCAUGUAAUUACAUUCCUCCUGGCGUCUCUCGGCUACAGUCGGGAGUAUUUUUCUUCUGUCACUUCUGGCAGAUCUUCACCAAACACGCGCAUUUAGAAGCGAAGCCGAUAAUUUGAGGACGCUCAAGUCCUGGCUGAGACGGUGCAAGUGUUAAAACAUGUGAGUUAUGAUUAGAUGUUGUCAUCCAGCGGAAUGCUCUGGAGUGAACGCGUGUGUUUUGUGACUUGCAGUUUUAAUGGGCAGAAGGGAGAGACGAGCGCAGCCCGGGAGAAACUGAAGGCAAAAAGAGCAGCGCAGAGGUGCGAACUGAACGUGGACGUCAAAAGGGAAAGAGACCUGAACCGAUUCCAGUGGUGAAUGUCUUGAAAAAGGGCCCUCUCCAUGGAUAUAGACACAGAUUAUGAGCGGCCCAAUGUGGAAACCAUUAAAUGUGUGGUGGUAGGGGAUAAUGCCGUGGGUAAGACCAGGCUAAUCUGUGCCCGGGCCUGCAAUGCCACCCUCACACAGUAUCAGCUGCUUGCCACCCACGUGCCAACCGUUUGGGCCAUCGACCAGUACCGUGUAUGCCAGGAGGUGUUAGAGAGAUCACGUGAUGUAGUGGACGAGGUCAGUGUGUCCCUGAGGCUGUGGGACACAUUUGGUGAUCAUCACAAAGACAGACGAUUUGCCUAUGGCAGGUCUGACGUAGUGGUGCUUUGCUUCUCUCUGGCUAACCCCAAUUCCCUGCGCCAUGUCCGCACCAUGUGGUUUCCGGAGAUCAAGCACUUCUGUCCCCGGACACCAAUCAUCCUGGUUGGAUGCCAGCUGGAUCUGCGCUAUGCCGACCUGGAUGCAGUUAAUCGUGCACGACGCCCCUUAGCCAAACCCAUCAAACCAACAGAUAUCCUUCCCCCAGAGAGAGGUCAUGAGGUGGCAAAGGAACUUGGGAUUCCCUACUAUGAGACCAGCAUUGUGGCCCAGUUUGGAGUUAAAGAUGUUUUUGAUAAUGCCAUCCGAGCCGCCCUUAUCUCUCGCCGUCACCUGCAGUUCUGGAAAUCUCACCUGAAAAAGGUCCAGAGGCCCUUUCUUCAGGCUCCCUUCCUGCCUCCUCGCCCACCACGCCCCAUAGUGGGUAUACCAGACCCCCCUCCCACAGAUGGCGAGGCCCCUGAUUCCCUUUUCUGUCAGCCACUGUGUGCAGAUGUUCUUUUCCUCCUGCAGGGUGGGGGUACUCGUGUCUUUGCACACAAGGUCUAUCUGGCAACUUCCUGCUCCAAGUUCUAUGACCUCUUCACCCUUGAUCUAGGUGGAUCAUGUAUGGGCCAGCGGGGGGAGGAACAGGAGAACAAAGAAAACCUGGACAGUGGGGAGGAAGAGGAGCAGAGCAGGAGAGGAGCCAAGGAGCAAGCUGGACGCACUAAGAGUCUGGACAUUGACAAAGACGGAGUUGAUAUAAGUGUGCGGGGCCUGAAUCGACCCCAGAUGCUCCAGCAGGGCUCUUUGAGGACUUCCCAGAGUGAUAAUGCACUCCCCUUUCGAGCUCAGUACUGUCUGGGAGCACAAGGCACUGGUCGUGCACUUUCAGGAUGGGGAAGAGGUUUCCUCAGUGUUUGCCUGGAGCAUGUCGAUGAUCCCGUGACUGGACGACCACGACUAAUGACUGUGGUAGCCAUGGAUGCACUCAUACAGGAAGAACCAUUCAAGGCAGUGCUUCAGUACCUGUAUACGGGCAGUCUGGAUGAGGGCCGAGGUGAUCUGAUGCAGGUGGCCACAAUUGCAGAGCUACUUGAGGUGUUUGACCUGCGGAUGAUGGUGGCCAAUGUUCUUAACCGAGAGAGCUUCAUGAACCAGGAGAUAACCAAGGCUUUUCACGUCCGCAGAGCCAACCGUAUCAAGGAGUGUCUCAAUAAAGGGACCUUUGCUGAUGUGGUGUUCCGACUGGACGAUGGCUGCCUCCCGGCUCACAAGCCCCUGCUAAUUUCCAGCUGUGACUGGAUGGCUGCCAUGUUCCGUGGCUCUUUCAUGGAAAGCUACAUUGAGGAAGUUUCCAUUCCUAACACCAGUACAGCCUGUAUGCACGGGGUGCUGGAGUUCCUGUACUGCGGUCUGCUGACACCCUGUCCUGGUCUGGAGCCCAUAGAACUAAUUGUUCUGGCCAACCGGCUGUGUUUGCCACGCCUUGUUGCCCUCACAGAACAGCACGCUGUGGACGAGCUUCUGCAGUUAGCAGUGAAAGGAGUUGACGUUGACGGACAGGUGUUGGCAUACCUGGAACUGGCACAGUUUCAUAAUGCCAAGCAGCUAUCAACUUGGUGUCUCCAUCACAUCUGCACUAAUUAUAAUAGCAUCUGCCGCAAGUUUCCCAAAGACAUGAAGGCCAUGUCUCCAGAAAACCAGAGGCACUUUGAGAAGCAGCGUUGGCCUCCUGUGUGGUUCCUGAAGGAGGAAGACCGCUACCUGCGCUCUCAGAAGGAGCGUGAGCGUGAGGAGGAGAUCCUGCGCAAGCAACACACCAAACGGGGCUGGUGUUUCUGGAGACACCCAUCCUCCUCUCCACAUGUCUCUUAAGCGUUUCUUCCACUUCCUCUACACUUCAUCUUGACCUGGGUCAUCCCAUCAAGGAUAACUAACACCCCUGUAACGCAUAUAGAGGAGGCUGGCUUUAUACCCUCUAUCAUUGCUGCUAUGCCUGAAUGUCAGCUUGGUUAGGGGGAAUAUAUGUGCCUCUUUUUAAUUGUGGGUGACUUUAUGAGUGCAUUUUGGUAUGCCUGCGUGACAAGUGUGGGCUUAUGGAUGUGUGAGUGUAUGUGUAUGGUUGUUAUGAUUGAAGCUUCCAAGUUGAGUGCUUCCUAGACGCCCUGAUCGAUAAAGGCCUGUGGCGUUGCAGUGCAACCUCCCAUCCCCUCCACAAGAGCUCUGUCCCUCAGUCAGCACUCUGUGUCCUGGCCUUUGGACUGGGUGCAAGAGCUCUCUAUCUCUCUCAGUCUCCAUCUUUCACAUUGACCUUAAUGACUAUUCCACAUUGACCACUGCAGUUCCCCUUGGGGAGAUUACCUCUGCCUUCACUUCUACACAGACUGUGCUUACACACACAGUCCAAUGCCCCAAGAUCUACCCCUCUAAAACCAGCACUGGAUUCCCAGGAACUGACACUGACAACGGACCUAUUAGUAUUUUGAUAUUAUUUGUCCAUUUUAUAUAUUUUUUUCACCUUCUAGGACACUGUUAUCAGGGGAAAUGGCGCACACUACUCCCAGGAAGUAUUGGGGACCUUUAUGUUUGCCAUUGUAAUCACAAAAAUGGGACUGUUAAACUUUAGUUUGGGUGUAAGGACAACCUUAAAGAUAUUACUGAGUUAGGAUGCUCCAGUUAGGAGUCUCAAUCAUAGAUAUUAAUCUCCAGUCUGUGUUGAUGUGGUCCUCAAUGUCCAUUAUCCACCCCUGCACCUGCCAUUCCUUCCUCCUGAACACCACACACACACAAAAAGUAAAACACAAGCUCUCCUUGAUGAGUUGGAAUCACCAAACUGCACUUCAGAGACAUUCAAAGUGACCACUCUAUAGCAAUGUUGGGGUUAGAGAGGGCUAGCCUUACUUUAUACCUCUUCCAUGGAAGAAAGAUGGAUACAGUAUUAAACAUAAAAAGCUUGCAACGUCCAUGACCACUAGGUUGCAUUGAAGCGCCUCAGCCAGCCUGCCUUUACACCCCUACACCACUAGGGGCAGCACUGCUCAGGGCCCCAUCACUAACCUCCACACUAACAGGAGUGGUUUUUUAAAGCGUGAUUUCUUCUCUCUAGUUUGAAUUAUUAAUAUUAUCAGUAAAUCCUUUUUAGAGUGUUAAAUGAAAGCAUAAGCACAUGCACAGCAUUAUAAUGUGCAGUUACUGACUAUUGAUAUUCACCUGAAUACCAAAGCUGUGAUUCUUUUUGAUCUCUUUCUUCCUCACUUUCUUGAGUUCUGCUUCCCUGCUUCCUUAUUUGGAAAGAGGGGGUGGAGCAGAGAAGAGAAAGUGGCUUGUAGGGAAAGAAUGCAGGACAAGAUGAUGUUGAAUCCCUCCUUGAGUUGGCAUUUUCAGUCUGUGGUGUCAGGAGAAAUGUGUCACUGCUGGACAUUGCCUUCCAUUCUUCUUGCUGGAAUUGAAAAUGGUGCUUAAGACACAAUAGGACAGUGUCCACAUGAACACACAGACACGCACGCAAUUUUCUGUUCACAGUAUAAGUGUCUGUCAAGUUAAGUGUUUACCUGUAAUGAAAGUGUGGAAAGUUUCAAAGAAAGUAUUUUAAUUUGGCGCAGUUUUAAUCCUUAAUUUUUCUGCUCCAUAUGCUAACCGUCUAGGAGGUCAUAAUAGGUCAGUGAUAUUAAAAUUUGUAGAUUUUUGAUUUUACAUACAGUGGUUACAACUUCAUGUCUUUUGCUGCUUUUGUGUUUAAACAGUAUGAUCUGUUUUGCUUCCUUGAUAACUAGGAAAAUAAUAUUACUUUAGAUUGAAUUUGCAAUCAUGAGUGUUGCCUCAAACUAUGAAUGGUUUGAUAUAUAACCACAUUUAGGAGCAAAUUGGAUUUCCUCGUUAAGGGUGCUAAUUUCUUUGGGCUUUAGGACUGAAUGUGAAAACAAGACUUUGUGGUGAUGAGUUUCUAUUAGCACAUCGUUCUAUUUGUGGGUCUGUGCCCCUCAGCUUUAUCCAGGCAACUGUAGGAGAUAGAUAGAUUGUGUGAGACAUGUGGUGCAUUCUGCUGUUCUCCAUGGGAGGCGUGUUAAAGUAAUUUUCAGCUACCGAAAUAGAAGUCAGAUAGGAUCUCACGAGACCCAAGUGAGAAUUGAGCUGAUUCCACUCUGAUAAAAGUUAACAAGUCUCAGUCCACAUUGCAUGCAACCUACAUAUUUUGGAAUCUGUGGGUAUUUAAACUCUUCCCAAUGCAGGGCUUUGGGAAUUCGAAUAUAAGACCUGAAGAGGAGAAAGAUGGACUUCCAUGAUCUCUUUCACCAUUGAAGGGAUUUGUCUUAUUAAUGGUUGGUAUGACCCAUUAAGCCUCUUCUCUUGGUCCGUGUGCCUUUAUAGUUGGACAAACUUUGUCAAAACUGAAAUUUUGUUAGGGAUUUUCACAACAGCUUAGUUCAAACCUGCAGACAGGUUCCGCAGUGGUUGACAUGAUGGAUACAGUAGAUCAUGUAAAAUUGAUUAUGGUUUUGCUUUAUGCUCUGUUAGCUAUUAUACUUCUUGAGGGGACUAUUGAGCCAACCUGAGUCAUCGUCGUGGAGAAUCUUUUGGCCUAAUACUUGUUUUUAUGCAGAGAAAAUGGCCUUGAAUUAAAUUAUAGUGUAGUACAGUGGGUUGGUAUAAUUAUAUGGCCUUAGAUUUCUGUUUUUUCUAGAUAAUUUGGAUGUAGGAUCAUGGUUGGAAUUCUCCACUGACCUGGUGAUUGAGAGGUAGCGAUAAAAAAUAACUGACGGGUUGAUUCCUCUAGUGUAACUUUAAAACCACUGACUUUGAGAAAGCAAAGCUUUUUAAUGAACACUGGCUGGUCUGUGUGCUGGAUACGUGUGACCACUUUUGUAAUGUGGUUCAUUUGCAUGGUGGCUUUGUCACUCUAAUGACACUUUGUGUAGGAAUGCACUUUCUUCUUUUUUUCUAUGACUAUACUUUUCUGUGCUUAGUGUGAAUUGUUCCUCUUGUAAAAUUGUUUAUAAAACUGAUGAUUGUAGCAAGAUAUUUUCACUUCCUUCAAAAUUUCCCACAACCUGCUCAGUGCAGCUUCAUAUUUAAGGUCUAGUUGGAACUGAUCCCGACAGUAGCUCUCUCUUUUUUACAAUGAGGUGUUUUAUAUAGAUCAGUUUAACUAAAUUAGCUCAACACAGCAUAAGGUAGCAUCACUAAAUAUACAACUCUGAAUAGUAUGCUGGGAAAUCUACAGACAUGCUUGAAAAACACCUUCUGCUGCUGCUGUACAGUGUAAUAGGUCUUCAUUUUAAGCUGUCACUGUACAAUCAAUCAAGCUUAAUUUUAAGAUACAGGGCAUAAAACUGAAAAGCAUAAAAAUAAGGUAUUUAACUCAAUUUGAGUAUUAUAAUGCUUUUGAAGAAUGUCCAAAGUGGCUGAAAGUCAAAUUAACAAUUUGAUUCAGCCUGCAUGCAAUGACAUAGGAAAUGAAAAAAGCAUGAUGCAUGUUUCUGGGAUUAGACAUAGAGUUUCUUAACCUUGGGGUCAGGUCGCUAUCUGGAGUCACUUGAUAUGAAACUUCUAAAACUGAAACUGAGAAUAUAGUACAAAAUGUCUAUUCAGAUAAUUGACAUGACAGUUGUGUACUCUUUUUAUUGGUGGGGUGAGAAAUGUGGUAACCUUAUAAGAAUAAGGUCAUGGGCCACAAAAGGUUUAGAAAUGCUGCUUUACAGAAAAGAGAAUAAGAAGAUGCAAAAUUAAAAACUUUGUAAACUGUUGUCAGCCCUUAUUUUUUGCCCCAUACUGACCCCUACUGGCCAAAAUUAUGCCCAGUCACACUCCAGUGGAGGGUUGUGGUAUUCAGGUUAGUCUUGUUCUAUCUUAUUACAUCCUUGUCAAUGUCAUAUCCUCCCCACUCAUUUUAGAGUUUUUCUGCCUUUUUAGCAGGCUUAACCUUCCCUUUUUUCAAUGUGGGGCCUAGUGACUGAGAGAACACCUUGUUGUUUGUUGUUGGUGUCUCCUCUCCUGUGCCUUCAGUGAAACUCACUCUUUUAGAUCUGCACAGACUGAUGACACCGUAGUUGCAGCCUUUUGAGCUCAAAUUUGAGUUGAUUAAGCCAAGAAAUACACACGUGAGCACAGAAAUAACAGUAGGCAGCUUUCUUAAAUGUACAGUAUCUUAGUGCUUGUGUGGAUUGGCUCAUGUUUCUUAAACAUGUUUGAGGUGUAAAGCAGUGACUGGUUAAUGGGGGCAUAGUGAUAACUUGUAGUAAUGACAUAAGAUACAGAGCUUUACACACUCAUUAGCUAAAGCUACGCAACAGAAUACUUAUGAACUGACCAAGAAACCCAGCAUACCAGCAGUUUUAAACUAAUGUUUUCGCACUCUUUCAGGUGCCUGCACUUUCUAUUAUGUAGCCUAACACAACUUUUGUGAUGUUAAGUCUUUAUAUUUACUCAUUUCCUCAUCAAAAUGAAAACACCUUACUUAUUCUCAACCUUGUUGUAAUUAUUUUCUCUAUAAGCCAAAUUUAGUAUUGCUUCCACUUUUUGGCUGUUACAAUCAUGCAUAAAGUCAGCGUAUUUUAAGUUGGGGAACAGCAUCUGUGAGCUACAAUUUGGAUUAAAGGCAUAUAUUAGCUGUGACAACUAUAUAUAUGAUGCUUUAAUUAAGAUAGUUGUUAUCCAAAGUAAAGUACAGUGAUGUAAAUCUAAAAUUAGUAGUCCCAGUUGGAAUGAACCCCUCACCACACUGUAUGUAUUUACUAAGCUGUUGUAUACAUAUGAUUGUAUGCACAGAGAUGCCCAGGACAGGGAGAGUGUUAGAUAUGACAGACAUGGUAUUAUUAACCUCUGGUCUAUACUGUCAUUUUUAAGUGGAUCGUAUAUUCUGUAUAGUAUUGUUAAGCACUUUUGUUUCCAUUGACUCAUAUGAGUUUUAUUAACAUUUAAUGCUCAUGUUAUUGUGUUUUAUUAUAAUAAAAGGCAAGCGAGAGCACACCACACUUACAAACUAUUAAGGGCUUUUAAAAACAACAACAAUCAGAAUGUUUUGCUGCUGUUGCAAAAAUGUUUUGAAACAAAAAAAUUGUAAUAUUUUUGAACCACUGUGAUUUGUACAAAACCUUGAAAAGAAAAGUAGAAAAAAGUUGUUUUUGCCAUUUCAGUAUUUUGAUGUUUGACAUGGAUUUUAUUAAAAUUGUUAAUCUUUUGAA